CAACAAUAACGUUAAAACUCCACGAAACUGGAAAAUGGGUAUUAGUAGUUCUUGCGAUUCAAAUCAUGUAGCCACGGCCAAGCUGAUUCUCCAAGACGGUAGACUACAAGAGUUCCCUUACCCUGUCAAGGUUUCUUACGUUCUACAAAUGAACCCCGCGUGUUUCAUCUGCAACUCCGAUGAAAUGAACUUCGACGACGUCGUAUCACCCAUCGGAGAAGACGAGGAGCUUCUGCCCGGUCAACUUUACUUUUCCUUGCCGUUGAGUUGGCUUAAGCAUCCUCUGCAGGCUAAAGAAAUGGCUUCAUUGGCUGUUAAAGCUAGCUCCGCUUUGAUGAAAUGUAAUAAUGGUGAAAAUUGUGGGUGCAGAUGUAAAACCAUUGCUCCUUUUCCGGUUUCCGAGGAAUCUCGUUGUCGGAAAGUUGCCUUUUCCGGCUGUGGUGGGGGUAGGAAGGGAGGGAGGAGAAAGUUUAAGGCUAUGUUAAGUGCUAUCCCGGAAUAGGGAAGGGUUAUUUUCGGGAAUGAAGAGUGGAAUACUUGUAAAUAAGUAAUGAUGUUGAGGACGUGUUAGUCUAAUCGCCGGUAGGAAUGGAGGUGGAGGUG